UGGGAACAGAUGUGCUGUUUGGCCCUAUGAGACUCCACCAAGAUCAACUUCAGGUACUCCUAGUGUUUGCCAAAGAAGACAACCAGAGCAAUGGGUUCUGCUGGGCCUGUGAAAAAGCAGGCUUUCGCUGUAGCAUUGCCAGGACACCUGAAUCUGCCCUCGAGUGUUUUUUGGAUAAACACCAUGAAAUCAUCAUUAUUGAUCACAGGCAUUCAAGAUACUUUGAUGCAGAAACACUAUGCAGGUCCAUUAGAACAACAAAACCAUCCGAAAACACUGUUAUUAUUGGGGUCGUGCGGAGACAUGCAGAUCGUGAAGAAUCCUCAAUAUUACCCUUUCUUUCUGCUGGCUUCACAAGGAGAUAUGUUGAGAACUCGAACAUCAUGGCCUGUUACAAUGAACUCAUGCAGUUGGAAUUUGGAGAAGUACAGGCACAAUUUAAAUUAAGGGCUUGUAAUUCGAUAUUUACAGCAUUAGAGAAAAGUCAAGAAGCCAUUGAGAUUACAAGUGAAGACCACGUAAUACAGUAUGUAAAUCCUGCAUUUGAAGCAGUGAUGGGCUAUCAGAAGGGCGAAUUAAUAGGAAAGGAACUAACUGAAGUGCCUACAAAUGAAAAGAAAGCUGAUUUCCUUGAUACUAUUAAUUCUUGCAUCAAGUUUGAAAAGGAAUGGCAAGGAACCUACUAUACCAAAAAGAAAAAUGGCGACAGCAUACAACAAAAUGUGAAGAUAAUACCUGUCAUUGGACAGGGAGGAAAAAUUAGACACUAUGUGUCACUUAGUAGACCGUGCAAUGACAACAAUAAGACUGAAAGAAUCUGCGAACGAGUACAGGCUGAGUCCCAAACAGAUAUCCAGACCUGCAGACACAAAGACAGAAGAAAAGGUUCUCUUGAUGUCCGAUCCACUACCUCUCGAGGCAGUGAUGGAAGUUCUCAGAGGAGGCACUCAUCAAUGGCCAGGAUACAUUCUAUGACUAUCGAGGCACCUAUUACCAAGGUAAUAAAUAUUAUCAAUGCUGCCCAAGAAAGCAGUCCCAUGCCAGUGGCUGAAGCAUUAGAUAGAGUUCUGGAGAUUCUGAGGACGACUGAGUUGUAUUCUCCACAGCUUGGCACAAAAGAUGAAGACCCGCAUACAAGUGACCUCGUUGGUGGCUUGAUGACGGAUGGACUACGAAGAUUAUCAGGGAAUGAAUACAUAUUAUCAGCAAAGCAAACCCAUCAAGUACCAGGCAGUUUGAUCUCACCCAUCUCCCUGAACGACAUCCCACCCAGGAUAGCUCAAGCAAUGGAAAAUGAAGAAGACUGGGACUUCAAUAUUUUUGAGUUAGAGGCUGCAACUCAUAAAAGGCCUUUAGUUUAUCUUGGCCUCAAACUGUUUGCCCGCUUUCGGAUCUGUGAGUUUCUCGGUUGCUCUGAGUCGACCCUGAGGUCUUGGUUGCAAGUCAUAGAAGCCAAUUAUCACUUAUCCAACUCUUACCACAACUCAACCCACUCGGCGGACGUGCUCCACGCCACAGCCUAUUUCCUUUCUAAAGAACGAGUAAAACAAACAUUGGAUCCCAUUGAUGAAGUUGCUGCACUGAUAGCUGCUACCGUCCAUGACGUAGAUCAUCCCGGGCGAACCAAUUCUUUCCUGUGCAAUGCAGGAAGUGAACUGGCCAUUUUGUACAAUGACACAGCGGUGUUGGAGAGCCAUCAUGCAGCCCUGGCCUUCCAGAUCACCACCCGAGAUGAUAAAUGCAACAUUUUUAAAAAUAUGGAGAGGAAUGAAUACCGAACUCUGCGACAAGCCAUUAUUGACAUGGUCCUGGCCACGGAAAUGACCAAACAUUUUGAGCACGUCAACAAAUUUGUCAACAGCAUCAACAAGCCGUUGGCUGCCCUUGAAGAGAAUGGGAGUACAAAUGGGGAUGGGGAUUCCGUCAAAAACGUCCUCACGUCUCCUGAGAAUCGAAUCCUGAUCAAACGGAUGCUAAUUAAGUGUGCUGAUGUUUCCAACCCCUGUCGCCCACUGGAACAGUGCAUUGAGUGGGCAGGUCGCAUCUCUGAGGAGUAUUUUGCACAGACCGAUGAGGAGAAGAGGCAAGGUUUGCCUGUUGUGAUGCCGGUUUUCGACAGGAAUACUUGCAGUAUCCCUAAAUCUCAAAUAUCGUUCAUUGAUUAUUUCAUCACUGACAUGUUUGAUGCUUGGGAUGCUUUUGCAGAUCUACCAAAUCUGAUGCAACACCUAGACAACAACUUCAAGUACUGGAAGGGGCUGGAUGAUAAGAAGCUGAGGACUCUCCGGGCACCCCCUGAAUAGCUUUCAGACCAUUUGAUGCGUAGAUCAUCCAUCUGGAAGCCCGUUCCUCCAAACUUGCAUUGGUUGUGCAUUUUAGGAUUUGCUUGGUCUCUUCAGUAUGACAGCAAGGCCUUUUUGUUCCCUGCCGUGGGGAAGCUGGACAAUCUGAAGAGCCUCAAGGUCAGAAAGACACUCUUCUCCACCUGCCAUCGAGCAACUGAGAAGGUGAAUAUACUUUUCAAGCUGAAUUACACUGGAUAGGUGCAAUGCCUGUAUCAGAGAGAAUUUCAGGGUGAACCUUAUCUCUUGCAUUAGCAGCAUGCUUGGAAGUGAUGUUUGGAGAGACCCUUAGAAGAUCUCAGCACAUAGUUCUUCAGAACAGCAAGUGAAGGUGAAAAAUUCCCAUCGCAAUGAGGACUCAUAACCAUUAUGAGGAAUCUUUUUAAUGAGCACUAAAAGAAUAAAAUAAACUGAAACAGCUACAUUGAACAAUCAGACAUUGACAUUUGAACCCUUUCUUGAAGGAGCUUUUUUAUCUUCUCAAAUGGACUUAGCUGUAUUUUUUCACAUCGCUGAAGGUGCGAUCACUCAGUUCUGAGCACUACUGAGAGCAAAUUCUCUAAAAUUUAGUAGCAAAUGGAAGCAAACCAAUGGACCUGCUGCCCUGCAGAUUUUUGAAGUUGAUUGUUAGGCACCUCUGAUUAAAAUAUGUUUUAUUUAUUUUGUUAGAUGUUGAAUAUUUUCUAUAAAUUUAUAAAGACGUUCAGCGCCAAAGCCAACUUCUAGAUGCAUUACAGUUUUUCAUGAUUCCUAACUCAUUAUGCAUUUUAUUCUCAGAUUGCAAAAGGGCCUGCAGUGAAAACAACUUUAUAUUGCACUGAGGGGAUCGAUGGGUAUGUCAGUUAAUUAAAGUGAGUUUUUAUCAAAGGUUGUAUUAAGACGCCAUCAAGUGGAAUGAAGGGGAUGUUCUGGACUACCUUAUGUGUUGGCUUACUAGUCAAAACAAUGGCAUCCACGUGUGAUGGGUUCACGUAGGCACUUCCCCCCUUUCUUUCAAAAGCUUUCCUUUUAAGGGGGAACGUUGUUUUGCUCAGAGAAAAUAACGCGAAAGCCCACCAGACUGCACGUGAAGAUAACCGAGUUGUGGCAAUUGCUAAUACGCCAAAGAAGGCAAGGAAGAUGCUGAGCUAGAGCACAAUUCAGAAAAAGCCCCUCGCCGAUUAAACACACACGCGAGAAAGUUAAAAUAUGACGUGACUUCACUCGGCCGUUACGUCUCUGCUGUGAACAUCCGACUUUGGCUGUGAAGGUCAAGUCAGUGGCAAGCAAAUCCGUGUCAGCACCUUGCAUCCUCGUGUGCUCUUCGGGUCAAUCGAAUUUCUCAGCCCAUCCUUUAAAAAAAAAAAUGCUGGGAAAAUUCCCAGCCCCUGUUGUGUGCCGUUUAUCAUGUUCUCCAUCCCCCUUCCCAGUCCCCUUGUAUCAAUUGUUUUCUGUCCCAUUUUUGCAACGUAAAUCAACCAGGCCUGCACAUGGGGGCAGUUUUCUACAUAGCCCUGCAAAGCCCUACAUAAGGUACACCAGAGGCCCGGGGGGUGGACGAGCGUCUCGGUUUGAAAUGUAUGUAUGUUCCCAUCAUGAAAAAUGUCUGGUCUUGCCUUGAAAGAACGUUUUUUUAAAAAAAAAGAAAAGAAAAAAGCAAUGAAAAUGCUACAUUUCCAAGAAGUUUGCAAUCUGACGAGACUAUUCUAGUGGAUAGCAGA